AUGACGAAAGAAAACGAUAAUCCAUCAAUCAGAACAGGCAAAGACCAAGCCACCGACCGCCUACACCAGGUCUCCUCCCAUAUAUCGCCACCAGAUCAAACAAAAAAGCCGAAAUCAAAAUCAAAGUCUACAGAAAAUCGCCUCCCAGCAGACCACUCCGAUGUGCUAGAUCAAAUAGCCUCUCUCCGCACAAUAGCCGCAAAGCCAGACCCAAACCACAGAGGCUACGUGCGACAAAAGCAAGCCGGCAAAUUAUGGGUGCGCGAGCGCAUCGAACAACUCCUCGAUCCCGACAGUUUCCAAGAAAUCGGAUCCGUUUCGGGAACGGUAUCAUGGAAAAAGACCGCGCCAAUGCGCGAGAAACCUGUCUCCUUCGUGCCUAGCAAUAACGUCCAGGGCGCGGGACUGCUUCGCGGCAGGAAAGUUCUGCUUACGGCAGAUGAUUUCAGUAUUCGGUCUGGCCAUGCUGACGGUGCGAGUGUUGGAAAGACGCUUUAUGUUGAGAAGCUUGCGAUUGCGCUGCGGGUGCCGGUUGUGAAGCUUGUUGAUGGGAGUUCGGGGGGUGGGAGUGUCACCACGAUUCGAAAAGAGGGUUGGAGCUAUCUGCCUCAUGUUGUAUCUUUUCCGCAUGUGAUUAAGCAGUUGAACAUGGGCAUUCCGAAUUUGGGAGCUGUUGUUGGGCCUGCGAUUGGACUUGGUGCCGCGAGAGUGGUAUCUUGCCACUUCUCCGUUAUGGCAGCUGAUAUUGGAGCUCUGUUCAAUGCAGGCCCGAAAGUUGUUGAAGGCGCAACAUUUGAAGAAGGCCUUGACUUCCAGGACUUGGGUGGGCCUAUGGUGCAUUGCAUGAAUGGCACGAUUGAUAACCUCGCGGCCAAUGAAGCGGAGUGCUACGAGCAACUGCGAACAGUUUUGAGUUAUCUUCCCAACUGUGGAACUGAGGCACCGCCGACGAUUCCCUGCACGGACUCAGAGGAGCGUGAGGAUAUUGCAUUGCGGAGUAUCAUUCCUCGACGACAGGCUCGUAUGUACAAUGCCCGUACAAUUAUUCUCUCUGUCGUGGAUCAGGACUCUUGGUUUGAGAUCGGAGCGCUAUGGGGCCGCACGGCGAUUGGAGGACUUGCACGACUGGGAGGCCGCCCUGUAGGAAUCAUCUCGCUCAAUUGCGAAGUAAAUGGUGGUGCGUUGGACGCGGCAGGCAGUCAAAAGUUGACGCGACUGCUCAAGCUGUGUGAUGUGAUGAACCUGCCGAUUUUGCAGUUUUUGGACGUUCCUGGUUAUGCUAUUGGCACUGUUGCUGAGCGCACAGCGACAAUGCGCUGGGGUGUUGAGCUCGCCAAGGCCUACUUCAGUACCACUACUCCUGUGUUCAAUGUGGUCACGCGACGUGUGUUUGGCGUGGCUGGGGGUGUUAUGUUGGGUUGUCGUGAUCCGGUUAUGCAGGUUGCUUGGCCAUCUGGACAAUGGGGCUCAUUGCCACUGGAUGGUGGGAUUGAGGUGGCGCAUCGGCAUGAGCUGCGUGAGGCUGAGAAGGUUGGGAAAAAGGAGGAACGAUAUAAAGAGCUGGAAGAAGAGUAUCUACGGUUGAUGAAUCCGGUGCGCACGGCGAACGCGUUCGGGAUUGAGGAGAUUAUUGAUCCGAAGGAUACACGGAAGGUUUGUUGCGCAUGGGCAUCGCAUGUCUAUGAUGUUCUGCUUAAGGAGAGAUUGGCAGAAAGAGUCUGUGGGAAGCUUCAACCUUCUUUUGCCUGA